AUUAUUUUUACCCUUCAUAGCCACCCUACAAAAACGCAUACAACAAAGAUCAGCUGGAGACUCUCUGUUGGAGCAAGAACGAUGAAGUCCUUGGUAGGCAAAUGGUAGGGGAAUCCCGGUCUCUCACUGCCCACCAAGAACCAUGACGUCAUAGCCACAGGGAGCUGACACCUGUUGCCGAAUAUAACAAUCAUGUCUACUGAUCACUGUCGUUCAGGUAGUCUUAAGACAAUAGUUUCAUUAUUGAAGACUUAAACAUGUUUCUUUCAAUCGUGAGCAUUGCAUCUUUUGUGUUGUCGCAAACAACACGAGCAAAAAUCCCCAUUACUAUUUACCUGGCAGGUGCAUGCUGGGUAAACACCUUUGUGAUUAUCCGUCUAUAUUUGCUUCCGCGUUAGUCACGGAAAAACCCGAUCGAACAGCACAGUCAUGGUAAAACAUACGUGGCGUAGCAUGGUUUAUCAGGUUCUGACUGUAAAAAGUCCACAUCUGUCGUGACUGGCCGCGACGAAAGAGCUUCAACUUCCGUACCAGCUUCAACUUCAAUUUCUCACCGAAAAGGUUGCAGCGAACCACCUCUGUGCUCCCACAUAUCGACCAGAGUUUCGGUCUUCGCCAGUGCAAAAUGGACGUUCGCGAUCGUAACAAACUUCGUGACAACCAUCUUAAGCUGAAGGAGACUAUCUACGCCCAUCAUAUCCACGGUUACCUGUACCAGGAAGGCGUCCUGACCCUCGACGACAUAGAAAGGAUCAACAACAAAGCUACGGAGCAGGAUAAGACCGAGGCUCUCCUCUUCAUGCUGCCAAGGAAGUCAGGUGGAGCUUUCAAGAAGUUCUGUAUGGCCCUGAAGGAGACGUACGACGGGGUUCCUCUGUACAAAGACCUGGCGAAGGAACUUGAGACAACCGGCGCGUCUCCUGACAACGAAGAAGAACGUGUGCAUGACGACUUUCCCGAGGUCCGCGAGGAGGUCGCUCAGCGGAAUCUCCUCCGAAAGCACCGCCGUGAUAUCGCAACCUGCCUUGAUACAGAGAAGACCUGCGAACUUCUCAUCAACGCCGGCGUCCUGACAAACCGGGAGCGCCUUGUGAUCGAGGGGGAAGGUUCGGCAGAGGAGAGAGCUCAGAGUCUUCUCCGCAUCCUCCCCACCAAGGGACCGAACGCGUUCCAUGCUUUCAUCCGGGCACUCAAAAUGCAGAAUGAUCCACACAACCUAACCGUUCUUCUGGCGGGUGAGACUGGAGGGGUUUUCAACCCCGUAACAAAUGUCAGCAAGAAGGUGGACCACUUCUUCACCUCGCGGGAUGCCCGAAAGGUAAACGAGGCCAUGGAUGAUGAACGGACUGUUAUAGUGCUGUCUGGCAUCACUGGAUCGGGAAAGACCCAGCUGGCCUUGUGGCAGGCGGAACUGUUCAUGGAACGUCAUCCGACAGCCGUGGUGUGGAAGCUAGAUGGUCAAGACAAGAAAAGCUUCCUCGACGACAAGCAGAACCUCCUGAGGGCAUUGAAGAAGGACGUGCCCAAAGAUGACAGCCAAGUGGACGCCUGCGUGGCGAAGGCGCUCGACACGCGGAAGACCCCAGUCCUGCUGAUCGUAGACGACCUCGACGAUGGCGUACUUCUUUCUGCUGAGUUGUUGAAACCAAGAAAUGACUCAAAGAUUCUGCUCAUCACUCACCACAAGCGCCUCCAACAGCCAAUAAACGUCUCCAUCCCAGAAGACUCCUUUGUCGAUAUCAACGGCUUCGCCUUCGAAGAAGAGACAGACGAGGCAGUGGAUUUCCUGCGAAUGAAGCUGCAGCAUCAUCCUACAGAUCAGCUACAGCGUUUGGCGCAGAAGUUCAGCGGCCUCCCUCUUGGUCUGGUGGCAGCUCGUAGCUACAUAGACAAGUCUCACACGAGUUCGGAAAGCUACUUAAAUCAACUGGAAAAGAGAAAGAACGCGUUGAAACUGGAAAAGGCCGCAAACGAGGUGAUGUCACGGUUCUACGCGAAGCCGGGACAAGAGGAAGCUGGCAGGAACCUGUUUGCAGCAUUGCGUCUGGCGGUCGACAAGCUGAAUACACAGGUAUCCAGCAAUUCUGUGGCAAAUGUCAGUGCCUACAUUACACCAACUGUUAACAUGCUGUAUGGUUGUUGAUGUAUUUGGAUGUAA